CGGAGAGCUACAGGAGGUAUUUUAUGGGGACCUGGCGUCAUCCUUUGGCAAUCUGCGGUCUGGCUGAUUCCAUCAGGAUGUAAAAGAUCUUCGUUCUCUUCCUUCCCACGCCGCCUAGUGGCCGCCCGCCGGGACGCCGCCCGCGCCCCGCCCCUGGCGCGGAGGACUGUGGGAGCGGCUUCCUUGGUUUCCGCGCGUGGCAACGACCCGGGCGCCGCGCUCUGGCCUACGGAGGCUCCGAGGGGAUUCUCGGGACCGUCGCCCUGUUCCCUCGCCGCGAGGUACAAAUGAUGCAAAAUGUACACCUGGCCCCAGAGACAGAUGAAGAUGAUCUUUAUUCUGGAUAUAAUGACUACAAUCCAACCUAUGAUACUGAGGAAUUGGAGAAUGACACAGCUUUUCAGCAAGCUGUGAGAACUAGCCAUGGUAGAAGACCUCCAAUAACUGCUAAAAUACCAAGCACAGCAGUUACUAGACCUGUAGCUACUGGAUAUGGGUCCAAGACAUCCCUGGCAUCAUCAAUGGGAAGACCAAUGACAGGGGCUCUUCAGGAUGGAGUUGCUAGACCUAUGACAGCAGUGAGAGCAGCUGGUUUUACGAAAGCAGCUUUGAGAGGCUCUGCGUUUGACCCCCUUGGUCAGUCAAGAGGCCCUGCUCCUCCUCUGGAAGCCAAAAACGAAGAUAGCCCAGAAGAAAAGAUUAGACAGUUAGAGAAGAAAGUAAAUGAGUUGGUAGAAGAAAGCUGUGUUGCCAACGGUUGUGGAGACUUAAAAUUGGCCUUAGAAAAGGCAAAAGAUGCAGGAAGAAAAGAAAGAGUCUUGGUGAGACAACGAGAACAAGUUACAACUCCAGAAAAUAUCAAUUUGGAUUUAACUUAUUCAGUUCUUUUCAACUUGGCCAGUCAAUAUUCAGCUAAUGAAAUGUAUGCUGAAGCACUAAACACGUAUCAAGUUAUAGUGAAAAAUAAGAUGUUUAGCAAUGCAGGAAGAUUGAAAGUGAAUAUGGGAAAUAUUUAUUUAAAGCAAAGAAAUUAUUCCAAAGCCAUUAAAUUCUACCGAAUGGCAUUAGAUCAAAUUCCAAGUGUCCAUAAAGAAAUGAGAAUUAAAAUUAUGCAGAACAUUGGAGUUACAUUUAUUAAAACUGGUCAGUAUUCAGAUGCUAUUAAUUCAUUUGAGCACAUAAUGAGUAUGGCACCAAAUCUGAAGGCAGGCUUCAACCUAAUUCUUAGUUACUUUGCUGUUGGAGAUCAAGAAAAAAUGAAGAAGGCAUUCCAAAAAUUGAUUGCUGUUCCAUUAGAAAUUGAUGAAGAUGAUAAAUAUAUUUCACCAAAUGAUGAUCCACAUACUAACUUAGUGAUUGAAGCUAUAAAAAAUGAUCAUUUAAGGCAAAUGGAACGUGAAAGGAAAGCCAUGGCAGAAAAAUACAUCAUGACAGCUGCAAAACUCAUUGCUCCUGUAAUUGAAACAUCUUUUGCUGUGGGUUAUGAUUGGUGUGUUGAAGUUGUGAAAGCUUCUCAAUAUGUAGAGCUAGCAAAUGAUCUGGAAAUAAACAAAGCGAUUACGUACUUGAGACAAAAGGACUUUAACCAAGCUGUAGAAACCUUAAAAAUGUUUGAAAAAAAGGACAGUAGAGUGAAAAGUGCAGCUGCAACCAACCUCUCAUUCCUGUAUUAUUUGGAAAAUGAAUUUGCACAAGCCAGCAGCUAUGCAGAUUUAGCUGUGAACUCUGAUAGAUACAAUCCAUCAGCUCUUACUAAUAAAGGGAAUACAGUUUUUGCAAAUGGUGAUUAUGAGAAGGCAGCUGAAUUCUAUAAAGAGGCUCUAAGAAAUGAUUCUUCUUGUACUGAAGCACUUUAUAAUAUUGGCCUUACCUAUAAGAAGCUAAACCGGCUUGAUGAAGCUUUGGACUGUUUCCUGAAACUUCACGCAAUCCUGAGAAACAGCGCCCAAGUUCUGUACCAGAUAGCACAUGUAUAUGAAUUAAUGGAAGAUCCCAAUCAAGCUAUUGAAUGGUUAAUGCAACUGAUCAGUGUUGUUCCAACUGAUUCUAGAGCUUUAUCUAAACUAGGAGAAUUAUAUGAUAGUGAAGGAGAUAAAUCUCAAGCAUUUCAAUAUUAUUAUGAGUCGUAUAGGUAUUUCCCUUCUAACAUCGAAGUCAUUGAGUGGCUUGGAGCCUAUUACAUUGACACCCAGUUUUGUGAAAAAGCCAUUCAGUACUUUGAAAGAGCUUCUCUUAUACAGCCUACGCAAGUUAAAUGGCAGCUGAUGGUAGCUAGUUGUUUUAGAAGAAGUGGUAACUACCAAAAAGCAUUAGAUACUUACAAAGAUAUUCACAGAAAAUUUCCAGAAAAUGUUGAAUGUCUGCGUUUCUUGGUUCGUCUCUGCACAGAUAUUGGAUUAAAAGAAGUUCAAGAAUAUGCAACAAAACUCAAGAGAUUGGAAAAAAUGAAAGAAAUAAGGGAACAGCGCAUAAAAUCUGGCAGAGAUGGCAGUGGGGGUUCCCGCAGCAAAAGAGAGGGGAGUGCUGGCAGUGACAGUGGCCAGAACUGUAGUGCCAGUAGUAAAGGUGAACGACUAGGUGCCAGACUCAGAGCUUUACCCGGGACAAAUGAGCCUUAUGAAAGUAGCAGCAACAAAGAAAUAGAUGCCUCCUAUGUGGAUCCACUUGGCCCUCAAAUAGAAAGACCAAAAACUGCAGCCAAAAAAAGGAUCGACGAAGAUGAUUUUGCUGACGAAGAGUUAGGAGAUGAUUUGCUUCCAGAAUAACAUACACUUUAAUGUAUUGUUUAUUGUUAAACUCUGGAUUAAAUAUACAAAUUUUAAUUUUGUACACUGUCAAAACUUUAAGUAAGUGUAUUCUGUUCUAUGAGUAUGGGUUUAAGUUUUAUUUUGUUUUUACUGGAAUAAAAACAUGUGA